AUGCAAAUUUUAUUGUUACUAAUUGGAUGCCUUAUCGAUCAUGUUUCGGCUACCAGACAGGAGUGCAAUAUGAAUACAUGUCAUUCUAUGCUCUCAGAUUCUGCUGCUCGUGUUAUCCAAUCAAAUCGAUGCACUACAGAAGAACGUCAAAAACGUAUACAAUGCUUUGAUAUUCUACCUGCUGAACAAUAUGCUAUACCAUUAGGACAUACAGUAAAUAUGCAAUGUGUUGUACUUAAUCAACAUGGUAAAGUUCAAUGGCGUGCAAAAAAAAUACUUCUUGGAUAUGACCGUUCUAUACCGGGUUAUUCUCGAUUUCGAAUAAUUGGAGAUGUUGGACGAGGUGAGCAUACACUUCAAAUUACAGAUGUUCAACGUGAUGAUGCUGGAGAAUAUGAAUGUCAAGUUACUCCGGUACCAGUUAAUAAUCAUCCAUUAUUAAGGAGAAAAACAUAUUUAGAAGUACUAAUUAAACCGAAUGAACCUCAAAUAUUAUACCAGAAUGUUCAAUUGCCAGAUAAAAAACUGAUAUUAUCACAACCAGAUCCUGUUGCUCGUAUUGAUUUAAUCUGUUUAGCUGCUGGUGGACGACCUCAUCCCAGUUUCAAAUGGUUGCUUAAUCGUAAAGAGAUACCAAAUUUGGAGACAAAAUCUAAAACACCCAAGAGUACUACUGAAAUAGCGAAAAUGAAUAGUUUACUCAAAGUAUGGGGGAAAUUACAUCCUUUAAUCAGUGUAGAAAACGUUGGAGAUCAAUCUACAUUAAGUUUACUUAAAGCUGGUUUGGAAGAUGGUGAUGAAAUUGUCUGCAGUGUGUCAAAUGCUGCAACUCAAAUGCAUCAUGAUGUAAUCAGACGAAAUUUGUCAGUUGCAGUUACUAUUGAUGUUCAUACUCCUCCAGGCCCUCCAAAAAUUGUCAGUCCUGAAUCAAACCAUGUUUUUCUGGAAGGUGAAGAGUUACGCGCGGUUUGUGUAUCUUCACCACCUGGAAAACCAUUAGGAGGACUUUUCUGGAGGUGGUUAGUACAGCCAAGUCAAGUUGGUGAUGAUGAAAUUCAGAGAAUAAGUGGUAUCGGAGGAAGAGGUGGUGCUAGACUGAGUGAUUACACUUCAGUCGAAGCUUAUUUACUCAGUUUAGAGGGAGUUGGUCUAUCACAAAAGUUGCCAGAACAUUCCAAUCAGCUACAACCAGGUGAUUAUAUUUCUGAAGAUGUUCAACCGCUUCACUACUCAUUGACGAAAGAAAAAGACCAAUUAGUCAACACGCUAGUCAUCCAGAGAAUCACUCGAAGAUAUCAUGCUGCAAAAUUGGUAUGCGAGACAGGUCAUCCUGUAGGCAUGGCUCAUCAAACAAGUAUCACUAUAUAUGUAAAAUAUGCACCAGCUAAUGUUACGAUUUCGGUUGAAUCUGGAAAUGUUCAUGAAGAUCAUUCUAGUGGACGUCGAGAAAUGGUGGUUUAUGCUCGAGCUGGUGAAUCAAAGACACUGACAUGUAAAACAGCUCCCUAUUAUGGUCAUGCAACAAUUAAAUGGUUAUUUCAAGCAGCUGGUGCUAGUUUGACCACACCUCCUAAACAAAUUAUGGAUAAGGCUGUAACUUUCAAAACACCUGAUGGUGAAAGUACAUACCAGGAAUCACAAAUUCAGAUAACUAUCCGUGCAGAGGAUGACAGAAGUUACAUUGACUGUCUAGCAUGGAGUGUUGGAGACACACGUAUUGAUGCCAGAGUACGCCUAGACAUUAUCUAUCCUCCAGACGUACCUAAGAUUAUCGGUUACAAGAGCGAACAGCCAAUAAACAUGGCACAUCUCUUGGAACUAACUUGCACUACUAAAGGUGGCAAUCCACGCCCUGAAUUACAAUGGUUCAAAGAUAAAAAACCAGUCCCCAGCAGUGGAGAGCCAAUUAUUAUUGGCAAGCAAACUAGUAUCAGAUUAAAAAUAGUGCCACAGAAAGAAGAUAAUGGUGCUCAAUAUCAAUGUUUAGCUCGUAAUACAGCUACAAAUGACGAAUGGAUUAGUAGUGAAGGGGUUAUCUUAAAUGUCUUAUUCCCACCACAACGUGUUAGUCUCAGCUUCGGCAGUAAGUCGGUAGUUCAAAGUGGUGAACAGCUUGUAAUCAAUUGUCAAGCAGAUAGUUCAAAUCCAGUUGCAGUUAUCACUUGGCGUCAUUAUCAAUGUGGACCAGCGCAUGCAUUUUACCGACGUCAUUUACUGCAACAACAACAACAACAACAACGACAAAAGCUAACAAACACCAUCAAUACAAGUGAAGGUGAAAAGUGUAAACUUUUGGAACUCAAAGGUUCCGAUGAAACACCAAUUCCUGGAGCAUCUGGAGGUUUACAAGCAAGAAGUCAUUUGUGGCUUCGUCCAACUUGGCGAUAUCAUAUGGAUUUUAUUGAAUGUCAAGCUGAAAACCCAGUUUAUGGUCCUCCGAUUUGGCACGAUCGUCUUCAACUAAAUAUAACUUUUGCUCCACAAUUUUAUGGCCUUCAAAUUGGUGACCAGAGAGUAAUAAGAGAAGGUGAAACAACUCGCCUAGAUUUUGGACUGUAUGCAAAUCCACCUGUAACAACUGUUUCAUGGUUUCGUGAUAGUGAACAACUUCCAUUUGAACCUAAAGAGCCUGGGUCAUGGCAAGGUGUUUUUACGGCUGGAAACGCUGGAGAGUUACUUUCAUUGCAUAAAAUUAAUAGAAAUAAUAUGGGAAACUACACUGUGCUAGCUUCAAAUGGUCAACAUGAAUCAAGGAAUUCUUUCUUUCUGAAUGUUACUUAUCCAGCAAAUAUUAUUGGAAAAAUUGAGGAAAAUAUAACACAAACAAAUCAAGACUUUUCUACUCUAGAUUGUAAAGCAAAUGCAAAUCCAGCAAUUACAAAUAAAGCAUUUACUUGGUAUCGAUAUUUUCCACCAAAAGGUUGGCCUGAAGAAGUAGACGAAGGAGCAUUACAACUAAGUGAUCCAAUAUACUGUAAUGAAUCUCAGGUGGAUAAACCAAAAAUGCUUGCUCAAUGUGAACAACAGGAUAAGUUUCAUAUAUCUAGUACAUUUGUCAUUUAUCAAUUGUCAGAAGAAGAUGUCGGUAAAUAUGUAUGUGAAGUCAGUAAUGGGAUUGGUGAACCAGUGAAGAAAACUUUUAAUCUUUUCUAUCAUUUUGCUCCAAAGAUUAUUAAGUUACCAAGAUACACCAAAGCAGCUGGAGAACAAGGUUCCAAAGUAUGGCUAACUUGUUUCAUUCGUACGGAACCAGUUCCACAGGUUGCAUGGCUUAAAGAUGCAAAAGUUAUACCAAUGGAAUCAAUAACUUCAUCUAGGGAUCCAAAUAUAAAAAAUAUUGUAAAGAAAUAUGAAAAUGUCUUGACACAUAUACGUCCUGGAUUAUACAAGGCUCAGUUGGCUAUUAAUGAUAUUCGGAAAAAUGACUUUGGUUCUUACACUUGUCAGGCUGCCAAUUUACAAGGUGAAGCUCAGUUAAGAAUUAAUUUAUCUGGGACAUCUACUCCAGAUGUACCAUUAAAUUUCCGUCUACUAAAUUCAACAUCUACAACUUUACAUGUCGCUUGGACUCAAGGUUUCGAUGGUGGUUCAGCGCAAACAUUUCAGAUUCGUUGGCGUGAAUUAGGUUCGGUCAGUUUGUAUAAAUAUGCAGAUGUUGCACCAAAUGACAAUCGAAACGGUGUUGAGUACUUCAUCACAGGUUUAAAACCUGGAACUGAAUAUACAGUGAGUGUUAAUUCGAUGAAUACGAAACAUGGAGCUAGUGCAUACACAGAUCCGGUUACCUUGAGAACAUUGCCAAUGGAUGCCUACAGUGGACGUGGACCUUUACCACCAUUGUCAAGCUCUGGAUAUACAGAUGAUAAUGCAUUAUUAAUCAUUGUAGCUGCUUGUAUUUUUGGAUUUAUAAUUCUACUUGUUAACGCCAUCGUCAUAAUUUUCUUGAUUAAACGUCGUCGUCAUCAUCGAAAUACACUGAGAAGACAUGGUAAACCUGAUCAAGGAGUUACAAUGGUGAAUGGAGUUGCACUAACUCAUCAUGAUCAAUCUGGUACUGAUGUAAAAGAACGUCUUCAGUCAUCUUUUAUAGAUCAAAAUGAUAACUUUAUGGAUUCAGAUAUGAGUACAACAUGUAUUUGUUGCCCUCCUAAAAAGCAAAAUCUUAUAAGUUCAGGUUAUAUCAAAGCUGACUCCUAUGGCAACUUCUCGCGAACAAACGGAUAUACAACUCAUGAUAUAUGUUCAAACCAAUAUUCACAGCAUAUGGGACAAGAAGUUGACCAACCAGGGCAUUUAGUGAAUCACAAUCUUACAAGCAGUAUUCCAGACUUCAAUCAUUUGACUUCUAAUCAAAUAACAUCAGGUUACAUGGUUCACCAGAUUGCAUCUCCAAGUCCGUAUUGCAAUGCCACACUUAAUCAUCCGAUAUCUCGACAUGGUUCAACUGAUCUGGGAAUGGCUUAUUCAACUGUAAAUCCAGCCAGUCAAAUAAGAUGUGAACAUGGUAGCAUGAAGUACACUACUCGCCAUGGUCAGCACACCCCAAGACAACCAAAUCAUUAUCGUUACUAUGGGACAAAGCCUAGCCUUGGAGGUACACGUUAUUUUUGUUCAUCACGAGAAGUUAUUCAAUCAAAUGCAUCUCGACAGAAUAUACCUCAUUUUGAAAAUCAAUCCAGUAUGAACAAUCUCAGUCAUGCAAUAUCAACUGAAUUAUAUAAUCGUCAAAAUCAGUGUAACUGUGAACAACAGUUUCAUCAUCCACAACGACAACAACAAAAACAAGAACAUUCAAUUCCAUCUCAUAAAACAUUACCAUAUUGUUGUUCUAAUAGUUUAAAAUCGAGGUCAAGUAUGUACAACAGUAAGCAGUCAUUUCAGACAUCCAAUACCCAGAACACUGUUGUCGAUACUUUUUCAGAAGAGGAUAAAGAUUCAGAUAGUAGUCGAUAUGCAGAACAACUAAGACGUAUUCAGUACGGUGGAGGUCCUACAGCUCAGCUUCUUUUAGGAAACAUCAUUAUGUCGAAUGAUCAUUCAAGUCCUGAUUCAAUUUCAUCGCCUAAUCAAGAUGAAAGUCAUUUCAGUGAAUUUAAUUCAUGUUUAUCAAAGUCAGUCUUAGGGAAAGACAAAAAUUCUACAUUAAAUAACACUGAUAGUAACCUGCAUAUAUCCAGUUCGAACAAUAAUAAUACUCCAUCUGAUUGUACAUUGAAAAAUGAGAAAAUUUUCACAUCAUAUCCAACUCAUUUUAAUCAUGAUAAUGAACUUGAAAUUACUGUUGAAGAUUCAAUUGUUACGCAUAGUGUGAAUGAUAAUAAAACUAAUUCAAUGCAUUUAUCUGAUUGUUUUGUCUAA